AAACUCUGAAGAGUGACACAGGGAUCGAUCGAUUCGCAGAGAGAGAGGAGGAUCGAGACACAGAUCCGCGACUAUGGGGUUGGGGUUGUUAGCGUCGAGAACUCUCCGACCUGCUUCUCGCCUCCUUCAUCAUCCGCAGAACCCUAGUUUCCUCCUCCGCUCCAUUGUCUCCAAACCCGAGCUCCAAUCCCCUGAAUCCGCAGCAGCAGCGGCUCAGCCGGAGCCGACGCCGGAUUUCCCGCCCAGGAAGCCCGUAGGCGGUGCGCAAGUCCAUUUCCCUAAUCCUGAAGAUGCGAUCGAAGUUUUCGUUGAUGGGUACCCGGUCAAAAUCCCUAAAGGGUUCACGGUUCUUCAGGCUUGCGAAGUCGCGGGAGUCGACAUCCCCAGGUUUUGUUACCAUUCUCGGUUGUCGAUCGCCGGAAACUGCCGUAUGUGCCUUGUUGAGGUCGAGAAGUCGCCGAAGCCUGUCGCGUCGUGUGCCAUGCCCGCACUUCCCGGGAUGAAGAUCAAAACUGACACACCGGUGGCAAAGAAGGCGAGAGAAGGAGUGAUGGAAUUUCUGCUGAUGAAUCACCCUUUGGAUUGCCCAAUUUGUGACCAGGGAGGAGAAUGUGAUCUUCAGGAUCAGUCUAUGGCUUUUGGAUCCGACAGAGGCCGCUUUACCGAGAUGAAAAGAUCCGUUGUCGAUAAAAAUCUCGGUCCUCUUGUUAAGACGGUUAUGACUCGGUGUAUUCAAUGUACAAGGUGUGUAAGAUUUGCUACAGAAGUUGCUGGUGUUCAGGAUCUUGGAAUGUUAGGCCGUGGUAGCGGAGAAGAGAUCGGAACUUAUGUUGAAAAGCUUAUGACCAGUGAACUUUCGGGUAAUGUUAUUGACAUCUGUCCCGUUGGUGCCCUAACCUCAAAGCCCUUUGCCUUUAAAGCUCGAAACUGGGAGUUGAAAGGCACAGAAACCAUUGAUGUUAAUGAUGCCGUUGGAUCCAACAUCCGGGUUGACAGUCGAGGUCCCGAGGUCAUGCGUAUCGUUCCUCGGCUCAACGAGGAUAUUAACGAGGAAUGGAUAUCUGACAAAACUCGGUUCUGUUAUGAUGGCCUGAAAAGGCAAAGGCUGAGUGACCCGAUGAUUCGGGACGUGGAUGGAAGAUUCAAGGCAGUGAACUGGCGUGAUGCCUUGGCUGUUGUGGCGGGUAUAGCUCAUCAAGUCAAGCCCGAUGAGAUCGUUGGCAUAGCGGGUCAGCUUUCGGAUGCGGAAUCCAUGAUGGCAUUGAAGGAUUUUGUUAACAGAAUGGGAUCGAACAAUGUCUGGUGUGAAGGAAAUGGUGUUGGCCUCGAUGCUGAUCUUAGGUACAGAUAUCUUAUGAACACUGGCAUCAAUGGACUCGAGAACGCAGAUCUCUUCCUUCUCGUCGGCACCCAGCCGAGAGUUGAAGCUGCAAUGGUGAACGCAAGAAUCCGUAAGACAGUCCGUGCAUCGAACGCCAAGGUUGCUUACAUCGGCCCACCCGCAGAUUUCAACUACGAUUGUAAACACCUCGGUACUGGCCCCGAGACCCUCGAGGAAAUCGUUUCGGGCCGUCAUCCCUUCUGCUCCGCCCUCAAGAAUGCCAAAAACCCGGCUAUUCUCCUUGGUUCCGGUCUCUUCACCAGACCCGAUAGAGAAGCGAUACUCUCCGCCGUCGAAUCCAUCGCACAAUCCAACAACGUCGUCCGACCAGACUGGAACGGGCUCAACUUCCUCCUCCUUUAUGCUGCCCAAGCCGCUGCUCUCGACCUCGGCCUCAUUCAAAUGUCCGAGAAAGCCCUCGAGUCAGCGAAAUUCAUCUAUUUGAUGGGAACAGACGACGUGGACAUCGGGAAGAUCCCGGAAGACGCAUUCGUGGUCUACCAAGGUCACCACGGGGACAACGCUGUAUACCGAGCGAACGUGAUCCUCCCUGCAACAGCGUUCACCGAGAAAGAAGGAACAUACGAGAACACCGAGGGCUGCGCCCAGCAGACGGUUCCCGCCGUCCCGACAGUCGGGGACGCCAGGGACGACUGGAAGAUCAUCAGGGCUCUAUCCGAAAUCGUGGGCGUGAAGCUUCCGUACGAGUCGCUUGACGGAAUCAGGGCAAGGAUCGAGACCGUGGCUCCGAACCUGGUGAGGGUAGACGAGCGGGAGCCGUCGGGGUUCGGGCCAGGGUUGAAACCAGAGUGCAAGGAGAAGACGAUGAGGUCGAAGCCGUUCGAGCCAGUGGUCGAGAACUUUUACAUGACGAACUCAGUCACGAGAGCGUCUAAGAUCAUGGCUCAGUGCAGUGCCUUGCUCCUGAAGAAAUGAGCCCCCCUAAAAAACACUUUGCUAAUUUUUUUAUUCGAUCAGAAAAUAAAAGGUACGGAUUCUGCUUUGCUUUCAUCACUGUGUUUGCAAUAAACUUAACUAGUUUUUUUUUCUUUCUUUUUGGUUUGAAAUGCAAUGCAAAAUCUCUAACGUUUUAAUGUAUAA